AUGACCGCAGCUACCCUCGCCAAAGCCGUUCAAUACGAGCUUCAAGACAAUGUUUACUCAGGUAUCUCAAACUUCUGGAAUGUAUUGAUUGAAGGGGAGAAGCCGCAAUGGAAGGACGUGAGGGUGGUUGCCAAGUUCACAAAAAAGACCGACACAAGUGCAAGGAAAGCAAAAUUCACUCAACUGUCAAGUCAAGUCGGCGAAAAUGUAGUUGUCACAAUAAAUGGAAGCAAUGAUGAUCCCACCAUGCAAUUUAAGAUCGACCCUGAGCUGAUUGUCCGACCCCACAUAACAAUAACUCGAGGUACUACCUGCUUCGAGACCAUCAACAAAUUACCAGUGUGA